GCCCAUCACCGAUGCUUGCACCCAAACUUCUCUCCCAGCCAUCUAUAAAUUUCAGUAACCAAAUUUGAUUAAGGAAAAACCAUAAGCUAACUCCAGACCAAAAUUAUGGAUCUUCCAAACUUUUUAGCAGGAGAUAUCUCUUUCUUUCCUACCCUUCUUCUUAUUGCACCCCUCUUCUAUGUCCUUCUAAAGAACUUCGUGUCGGCAGGUAGUCCAUCGUCACUUCCUCCAGGGCCACGCACAUGGCCGAUCGUAGGAAACAUCCUCCAAAUGAGGAACAUGACUCAUGUUACGUUGACGAACCUAGCUAAAGUGCAUGGUCCGCUCAUGUCUCUACGGCUCGGUAGCCAACUCCUCAUUGUUGGAUCAUCUCCAGCCGCUGCAAUGGAGAUUCUGAAGACCCAUGAUCGUGUAUUCUCCGGUCGAUACAUUAUGCAUGCAGUUCCAGUUAAGAGCCCUGAACUCAACCACUUAUCACUUCUGUUCGCGAGUGAAUGCAAUGAUCAGUGGAAGUCCCUAAGGGCAAUUUUUCGUACGGAGUUGCUCUCACCCACAACGUCAGAAUCUCAGUUGGAGCUGAGGGAGAAGAAAGUGAGGGAGAUGGUGGGGGUUUUGGGUAAAAAAGAAGGGGAAGUGGUGAAUCUUGGAGAGAUAGUGUUUGCAACUGCUUUCAAUACCAUCAGCAAUAUUAUUUUUUCAAAGGAUUUAACAAACUUAGAGAGGAGGGGUGCAGGUGAGGAAUUCGAAGAACUCAUAAAAAGAUUUUUAGAGUUGAUUUCUCUACCAAACAUAUCAGAUCUUUAUCCCAUAUUGGGUCGAUGGGAUAUACAAGGUAUCCAAAAGAAGGGCCUGGAGAUCUUUAGGAGAAUGUCUACAAUUUGGAACAACAUUGUUAAAGAAAGAAGACAAGGAAAGGCUUCAAGAUCACGAGAUUUAAUGGAUGCAUUGAGUGAAAUCGGAUUCAACAAUGAUCAAAUGAAUCAAUUUUUCUUGGAACUAUUUAUGGCUGGUACUGAAAAUACUGCUGAAAUUACAGUGUGGACAAUGGCAGAACUGAUCAAGAAUCACGAAGCCAUGGAUAAACUUCAUGAAGAACUUGCGAAUGUGGUCCAUGGAAACAUUGUAAGGGAGUCUCAUUUACCUCAGCUACCUUAUCUAGAAGCUUGUGUCAAAGAGACAAUGAGAUUGCACCCUCCCGCACCUUUUUUGCUCGCUCACCGAAACCUAGAAGCGUGCAAGGUCAUGGGUUACGAUAUCCCAAAAGACUCUCAAGUGCUUGUGAAUGUGUGGGCAAUAAGUCGAGACCCCAAGCAUUGGGAAGAUGCUUUGAGCUUCAAGCCUGAACGUUUCUUGAACUCAAGUUUGGAUUACAAAGGACAUAAUUUUGAGUUCUUACCAUUUGGUGCAGGCAGGAGAAUCUGCCCAGGACUGCCCAUAGCUGCAAGGCAAAUUCCUUUGCUUGUUGCAACAUUGGUGCACUUGUUCAAUUGGUCUCUUCCAGGCAACAUGGAUGCGGCCAAGCUUGACAUGGCCGAGAAGUUUGCGACAGCAUUGAAAAAAGAACAACCUUUAUACCUUAUUCCUAGAGUAAGGGUGCAUGGGGUAAAUAACUAGGUCUAAGUUAGGACUAGUGUACGGUUAAUGCAUGGUUGGUUGCUCAUGCUCUCAUGCGCUUGCAAUAAUUUAUUGCUGAUCAGUACAACUACAAGUAUUUUUUUCCCUAAAAUAUCCGCAAGGCCUUUUACAUUAUUGCAUCAAAUAUUUUCAGGGGCACAUGUGAUGAAACUGUAUCGCUAAUGGACUUCAAAAAAGAGGAGCCGCCGGCGCCCGCGGGGGGGAGGAGGGAGGAUGGAGAGAAUGUUCCUGGCAAGUGUUAAAAAUAUUAAGCAUCAUUAGUAUAUUUACCAAAUUACAAUUUUAGCAGAAGCAAAAUAUGCAACUGCUAACAUAUACAUAAUAAUGUGAAUGUCUUCAUCAUUUCUUUCAACUUACCUCAAAUAUUCUAUUGAUGAUAUAGUUUUUCUAA